AAGAUUUAAGCAUAAGAAAAAAGGUUCAUCAAAGAAAGAACAAGUGGAUGAAGAUGAAGAUGAAGAUGAAAGUGAUGUCGAUUUGGAUGAAUCGCAUUCUAAAAGUAAAAUAUUUGAUAUCAAGGUUAAUUCUUUACGUUUAGAUGCAGUCACCAAAGCUGGUGCUGGUAUGACACGCAAAAAAGUAGAAGACGCCUUUUUUGAAAGUAAAAUUUACAUUAAUGGGAAAAAAGCACUGAAAAUAUCUACAGAGGUUAAACUUGACGAUGAAAUUGAUAUUAUUGUUAAUCGACCUAUUGAUAAGUUGAAUCAAUUGAUAGUAUCUCGAAUUAAAAUUUUAUCUAUAAGUGCAAUAUCUGGUGCUAUUAAAAUAAAAAUAUGCAGAGAUAGAAAUUUAUUAAUUGACGAAUAUUCUGAUUCAUAG